GUAUUUCCGCCAUGUCAAAUUAAUAAUUGGAUAGUGUUUAGAUGAAAGUUUGUAUAUAAGUUCAACCCCAAAAAUGUCUGGGAAUGUGGGAAUGGAACAGUUGAUCCCUAUUGUGAAUAAACUGCAGGAUUGUUUUGCUUCACUAGGGAUCCCAAUUUCUCUGGAUUUGCCGCAAAUUGCUGUGGUGGGCAGUCAAAGUGCCGGAAAAAGUAGUGUGCUUGAGAAUUUUGUGGGCAGAGAUUUUUUACCAAGAGGCAGUGGAAUAGUCACCCGACGACCUUUGGUUUUACAGCUCAUCAACUCCCCUACAGAAUAUGCUGAAUUUUUACAUCAGAAGGGAAAACGGAUAUCGGACUUUAAUCUUGUUCGGAAGGAAAUCGAAGAUGAAACAGAUCGUGUAACAGGAGCUAACAAAGGAAUCUCCAACAUUCCCAUUAAUUUAAGGGUUUAUUCUCCAAAUGUAUUAAAUUUGACAUUGAUUGAUUUACCUGGUAUGACAAAAGUACCGGUUGGAGAUCAACCAGCAGAUAUUGAGAUGCAGAUACGAGCUAUGUUACUAGAGUUUAUAGCUAAAGAGAGUUGUCUUAUCUUGGCUGUAUCACCCGCUAACGCUGAUCUGGCCAACUCUGAUGCUCUGAAGAUAGCUAAAGAAGUUGAUCCACAAGGUUUACGAACUAUUGGUGUGGUAACAAAAUUAGAUUUAAUGGAUCAAGGAACAGACGCAAGAGAUAUUCUAGAAAAUAAACUUCUUCCUUUACGUAGAGGUUAUAUUGGUGUUGUUAAUCGAAGUCAGCGUGAUAUUGAAGGAAGAAAAGAUAUACGAGCUGCUCUAGCUGGAGAACGUAAAUUCUUCCUGUCUCAUCCCUCAUACAGACAUAUGGCCGAUCGUAUGGGAACACCAUAUUUACAGAAAGUUUUAAAUCAACAAUUAACUAAUCAUAUUCGUGAAACUCUACCCAAUCUACGCAAUAGAUUACAGUCACAAUUACUGGCCAUGGAGAAAGAUGUAGAGGAAUAUAAAAACUUCAGACCAGACGAUCCAGCACGAAAAACAAAAGCCAUGAUGCAAAUGAUCCAACAGUUUUGUCGACACCAAUAA